AUGGCGGAUCAGACAAAGCAACAGCAGCUGCAUCAGUAUGGCGGUGAUCAGCAGAUCCAGUACUCCUCGGGCGCUAAGAGCCUCCUCCCCCAACAAGGACCCUCCGCUUCGCAAGUCAUUGCCGUCGUCACUCUCGUUCCUCUCGGUGGGACCCUCCUACUUCUCACCGGCCUCACGCUGAUGGGAACUUUCAUUGGCAUGGCCCUCGCGACGCCACUGUUUGUGAUUUUCAGCCCGAUUUUGGUUCCGGCUAUUGUCACCGUGGGCUUAGCGGUGGCCGGAAUUUUGACCUCGGGGGCUUUCGGGAUCACGGGGCUCUCGUCUUUCUCGUGGUUGGCUAGCUAUCUGAGACGCACGCGUCUGCCACAGCAGGCAAUCCGGGGUGUGCAGGACACGACGGGCCAGCAGAAGGCGAGAGAUAUGGGCCAGAGUGUCACCGAAAAGGCCCAUGAUGUCGACCAAGCUGUCCAUGGGAAAGCUCAUGAAGUAGGCCAAUCUGUCCAAGGCAAGGCAGACGAAGUGACCCAGAAUGUCCAGAGCAAGGCCCAAGAAGCAGAACACAAGGCCCAUGAGACCGGAAAGACUCACGGAGGUGGUAGAGCUCGGGAUGUUAAGGUCACAUAG